AUAGUUUGUUAGAAAUUUGCUGUGAGUAAAGAUAACUGGUAUAUAUAUUAAAAUUUGAGUGUGUUUUUGUUGAAUAUGGACAAGGAUGAUCGAAAUUAUUGGCACAUGAGACCGUACAUGGGCCCAUUGGGCAAACCCUACACUAUAGCCGGUGAGCUGGAGAAGAUUACGCCACGCACAUUGCUGCAGCUCUACUUCAAUACCUUUGUGGGCGCCAACUUUGCCGAGAGCUGCAUGUACGCGUUGGAUGUGGGCAAGACGCGCAUGCAGGUGCAUGGCGAGGAGGCCAAGAAGACGGGCGCCAAGCCACGUCGCAUGUUCAGCACACUGCGUGGCAUUUUAAUAGAGGAGGGACCCAGGGCGCUCUACGCCGGCUUCUCCGCCAUGGUGGCGCGCAAUUUCAUCUUCAAUUCACUGCGCGUCCUGCUCUACGACAUAUUUAGACGCAGGUUCAUCUAUGUGGGUGCGGAUAACAAGCAUCAUCUGGCCGUACAUCAUGCAUUCUUCUGCGGCUGCGCUGCCGGCUGCAUUGCUCAGGCUCUGGCCAAUCCCUUCGACAUUGCCAAGGUGCGCAUGCAGAUGGAGGGGCGACGUCGUCUGAUGGGUCUUGACAAGCGCACCAGCAACUGGUACAUGGAGAUUAUAGGCAUCUAUAGACGCUCUGGAAUCUUGGGCAUGUGGCGUGGUGUCGGACCGAGUUGCAUGAGAGCUUGCCUCAUGACCGCCGGCGAUGUGGGCUCCUAUGAUAUUUGCAAGCGCAUGCUGAAGCAUCAUCUGGAGUUGGAGGAGGGUCUGCCGCUGCGUUUCUGUAGCUCCAUGGUGGCUGGCUUGGUGGCCAGUGUGCUCAGCAAUCCGGCAGAUGUGAUUAAAUCGCGUGUGAUGAACCAACCGGUGGAUGAGGCGGGCCGUGGUCUCUACUAUCGCAAUGGCUUCGAUUGUGUGGCCAAGCUGUUGCGUGAGGAAGGCUUCUUCGCUCUCUACAAGGGCCUCAUACCGUGCUGGCUGAGAUUGGGACCCUGGUCUGUGCUCUUUUGGCUCUCCGUCGAGCAAUUGCGUGUCUGGGAAGGUCAAACCGGUUUCUAGUGUCUCCAUUUUAAAUGGAAGUAAGAGUAAAUUUUUUUGUGUAAAUCUGUUGCAGUUUUGUAAGUUUAUAACUUGUAUUUUGUU